UUGAAUUAUACGCAAAAGUUAAAUUAUUUGCGUUAAACGUAGUAGUGGGGAACAUCACUAUAUCUAUACUACAAUUUCCAACAUAAAUCUAUUGUUUACGUUAGUGCAAAUAGUUAAAACACAUUAAAUAAUAGUGUAGCAACAUAAUAAAAGUAAACAACAAUGAUUGAAACGUUUUCAGUAUCUGCAAAGGCUAUACCAACCCCCCACUCCCCCUUUUCCGCACAGGAAUUUUUACUUUAUUCCCUUGGUUUUACGUUAACAGUGCUGUAUGUUCAAUGGUUAUGGAGCCGAAGAAAACUUUAUACUUAUGCUUCUAAAAUACAUGGGCCAUUUUCUUUACCCAUAUUUGGAUGUUUUUACCUAUUUAUAGGACAACCCACAGAAACCUACCAAAAUAUCCAGUACCUGUUCAAGAAAUAUUCUGGUUUAGGCAGAGUUUGGUUCGGUCAUCGAUUAUUUUUUAUGGUUCAAAAACCAAACCAUCUGGAUAUAAUACUUAGUAGUCCUAAAGCUCUGGCUAAGGACCCUUUAUACGACCAUGCAAAAAAAGUGAUUGGUACAGGAAUUUUUACAGCACCCGUACCAAAAUGGAAAAAACACCGAAAACUCAUCAGCCCAACAUUCAACCAAAGAAUUUUGGAUCAGUUUGUGGAAGUUUUUUCAGAACAGGGCGAGAUUUUGACGAAAUGUUUGGAAAAAGAAAUUGGAAAAGAAGUCGAUCUCUUCCACUAUUUAACCAAACUUACCUUAGAUGUAAUAUGUGAAACUGCUAUGGGCAUCAAAGUAAACGCUCAAACUACAGAUUCGCUAUACGGAAAGUGGGCAGAUAGGCUUAUGGAGAUAACAAUGCUAAAAAUAUUUAGGAUAUGGUUCCAUUCCGAUUUUAUUUUUAGCUUAACCCCAUUAAAAAAGGAAUAUGACGAUCUCGUAAUGAAGGCGCAUGAUUUUUCGGGAAGGGUGGUCACGGAAAAAAGAAUAGCGUAUAAAAAGAAAAUGGAAGAAAUUAAUGAGUGCCCUGAGGCAGAAGUUGAAGAAAUUACGAAAAGAAAGGCCUUUUUGGACUACUUAAUAGAAAUAGCAUACACCAAAAAAGGCUCUAUCCUUACCGAUCAAGAAUUAAGAGAAGAAGUAGAUACGUUUAUGAUUGCUGGUUCAGAUACAACCGCAACUUCAAACUGUUUCACAUUCAUGGUACUAGGAAUGUUCCCAGAAAUUCAACAAAGAAUAUACGAAGAGGUCGUAGAUGUUAUUGGUUACGACAGAAAGGUUGAGCACACGGAUCUGCCAAAAUUAAAAUAUACAGAGUGUGUCAUAAAAGAAACUUUAAGGUUGUUCCCUGUCGGGCCUUUUAUUGUUAGGACAUUAGGUGAAGAUCUGGAUUUGGGAGAUGUGGUCAUACCAAGUGGUUGUUCAACAGUUCUUGGCAUAAUCAACGUGCACAGAAACCCUGAAUACUGGAACGACCCUCUGAAAUUCGAUCCUGAAAGGUUUUUACCUCAAAAUACUGAAAAAAUUCUUCCAGGAUCCUAUUUGCCAUUUUCUUAUGGAGCCAGAAAUUGUAUAGGGCCUAGAUAUGCAAUGAUGGCCAUGAAAACAGUGGUAGCAACUGUCGUAAGAAAAUACAAAUUAUUUUGCGAUUAUAAGAAUAUUGAAGAUGUUGACCUGAAAUGUAACCUUGUUUUGAGACCUACCGAGGGCUUUAAAGUAACCUUUCACAAAAAAUAGUUAUUAGAUUUAUGUUUUGUUAUAAUUUAAUAAAUUAUUUUUUAAACAAAGUAUUG